GAACAAAUAGGUGUUUCUUUCUUUGCGUUUCGGGGCCAUGUUAAAUGACAGCAGAAGAAAAAGUCUUCAAAUACAAGAACCACAUUCUGCAUGGUCUCCAGCCACACCGGGAGAAGCAUGUGGGCACUGAGACUGCUCAGCCAUGUCUCAGGCUGUGCAGACAAAUGGAACUCAGCCAUUAAGCAAAACAUGGGAACUCAGUUUAUAUGAACUACAACGAACACCUCAGGAGGCAAUAACAGAUGGCCUGGAAAUCGUGGUUUCACCCAGAAGUCUCCAUAGCGAGUUAAUGUGUCCGAUCUGUUUGGACAUGCUGAAGAACACCAUGACCACCAAGGAGUGCUUGCACCGUUUCUGUGCAGACUGCAUCAUCACGGCCCUGAGGAGCGGCAACAAAGAAUGUCCCACCUGUCGGAAAAAGCUAGUUUCCAAAAGGUCACUCAGGCCAGAUCCGAACUUUGAUGCCCUCAUCAGCAAAAUUUAUCCGAGUCGUGACGAGUAUGAAGCUCAUCAGGAGAGAGUCUUGGCCAGGAUCAACAAGCACAACAAUCAGCAAGCCCUGAGUCACAGCAUCGAGGAGGGACUGAAGAUCCAGGCCAUGAACAGAUUACAGCGAGGCAAGAAACAGCAGAUCGAAAAUGGUAGUGGAGCGGAAGAUAAUGGCGACAGUUCGCACUGCAGUAAUGCAUCCACCCACAGCAACCAGGAAGCAGGCCCUAGUAACAAACGGACCAAAACCUCUGAUGAUUCUGGCCUCGAGCUGGAUAACAACAAUGCGUCAGUGGCCAUUGAUCCAGUGCUGGAUGGGGCUAGUGAAAUCGAGUUAGUGUUCAGGCCUCAUCCCACACUUAUGGAGAAAGAUGACAGUGCACAAACAAGAUACAUAAAAACUUCAGGUAAUGCCACUGUUGAUCACUUAUCCAAGUAUCUGGCCGUAAGGUUAGCUUUAGAAGAACUUCGAAGCAAAGGAGAAUCAAAUCAGAUGAACCUUGAUACAGCCAGUGAGAAGCAGUAUACCAUCUACAUCGCAACAGCCAGUGGCCAGUUCACCGUUUUAAAUGGCUCUUUUUCUCUGGAAUUGGUCAGCGAGAAAUACUGGAAAGUGAACAAGCCCAUGGAACUUUAUUAUGCACCCACAAAGGAGCACAAAUGAGCUUUUAAAACCAAUUCCGAGACGGAACUUUUUUAUAGCCCAUUUGUUUAAUAUUAAAGCUGUACCAUCAUUGCUUCUAAGGACAGAUAUUGGAUAUGUUCAGUUUCCUUUCUGAGCCAGACUCGUUUACACUAUUAGAAUCUUCCCCUUAAUUUAAGAUUUCCUUUUGGAAGGGACUGCCAUUAUUCAGUGCUUUUU